AUGCAUCGCAACUGUGCACCGUGCUGUAUUUGUACAGGCUUCUCGUCGCUGCACGCUCAGCAAGGCAGCCACAUCGGCUUGGCGUGCUCGACCUCGAACCCCUCCGAACCUCGAACAUGGAACCUCUCAGAAGCAGGCUCCCUCAUCUUCGGGGCGACGGCCGCGGCGGACUCGCUGCUCAGCGACCCGGACCUGCAGCUCGAGCGGCCGGCGGCCUGGGUGCAAGACGCAGUCGCCGCCAUUUUCAACAGCCUGGUCAAGGACAAUCUGGAGGCCAAGGCGGAGGAGAUGCGAAGCGUGGUGCAGCCGGAGCACCACGCCUGGCUGGCCCACUACCUCGUGAAGAGCCGUGCGUCCCGGGAGGCCAAAGACACUGAGGACCUGGACGAGUAUAGGAAGGCAAUACACAACCUCAUCCACCAGGUCACCCAGCACGACAGGAGAACCAACAUCAAUGCCACCGCUCUCCGGGUCACACCACUCACUGCAGCAUGCGGUACGAGCGCUGUGCGAUUCCACACCACGGCCUCCCGCACCUACUUCCACACUUGCAACUACCUGGGCUACGCGUACCUCGUCUACUCGCGCCUGCACCACUCCCGGGACUUCAGGGAACUCUUCUCCUACCUCCCUUGA